AAAAUCCGUCAGUCAGAACCUACCCGAAAAUGAUUCCCUAACGGAGCUUAAAAAUUGUAUAAAAUAUGCCUAAAAUGUCAACAUGUCUGCAUACUUCUGGGAUGAUCCAAGAGCCAUACUCUUUAUAAUCAUUGCUUUUCUGGUUCUGGACAAUCUCUGGGCCGUUUAUCUUCUGCUGCGAGACAUACUUUUGACCUACAAAACGAACCGAGUUCCCAGUGUUAUUAGCCCCUAUUUGCCGCAGGAACUCUAUGACAAGAUGCGCGUUUACAAGAUACACAAGGGCUGGCUGACUAUUGUGAAUACCCUGCUCACGGUGGUCAUAAUGGGUGUGCUUGAGCUCUACUUCGGUUUCUACGCCUGGCUGUAUGGAAUGGCCGGCAAAUGCGCCAUGGCCAAGUGGAUGGAGCACGAGGCCUGCGUCUCCGUGAUCUUCGUGCUCUUCCUGAGCGUUUACUUCUCGCUUAAGAAUGUCCCUGCCAUGAUUUACGAGAAAUGUUGCAUCAAGAGCUUGCAGCCCAGGGCAAAAGUAUCGUGGUGGUUUCGCAUCUGCCACUUUGUCGUUGACCUGCUGCUGGGAACGGCAGUUACCAUCGCGGUGGUGGUUGCCCUGGUUUACAUGUUCAUCGGCCUGGGGCCCUAUGCUCCGCUGGGCUUGUACCUUCAAUCGCUGAUCUUCACGCUCAUCUUGCUCCUGCUGAUUCCCUUUCUGAUCGAUCCCUUUGUGGGCAAGCGUGUGCGGCUGGAAAACUCGAAUUUGCUCACCCAACUGGAGUAUCUAACGCGGCAGGUGGGCUUUCCCAUGAGCCAGGUGCGCAUCAUCCGGGUGCAUGACCCCAAUAUGGGCAGCAAUGCCUUUUUCUACGGCUGCUGCUGCCUCAAGAGAAUCGUGAUCUUCGACACCCUGCUGCUGAACAGGGGCAAGCAAGAUCUCAGCCAGCUGUCGCCGGAGGAGUUGGGCAGGGGACUGACGGAUGCGCAGGUUACGGCUGUUGUGGCCCACGAACUGGGUCACUGGAGGAAUGGACACUUCUACAAGGCGAUCUUGGCCUUCCAACUUCAUCUCAUACUGACGCUCGUGCUCUUUGCCUUCAUGUUUGCCCAUGGACCCAUCUACCAGGCGGUGGGAUUGGCUCCUGGUUUGCAGCCCAUUGUCAUCGGAUGCCUGAUAAUCUUCGGCUUCGUACUCACUCCCUACAUGACGCUGGCCAACUUCAGCAUGCUGAGCAUGACGCGCUGCUUUGAGUACCAGGCGGAUCGGUUUGCCCACCGCCUGGGCUACGCCGGGGAACUCCGCCAGGCGCUGCUCAAGUUGUAUGCGGAUAAUAUGGCAUUCCCCGUCUCGGAUCCCUGCUACUCCAGCUGGAACCACACGCAUCCCACCAUGCUGGAUCGCCUGGAUCGUCUGGAGGAGAUUCGGCGUUAGGCGAUACAUAUUUUUUCCCGGUUUCUUUUUUCAAACAUAGUAGGUUCUGAUUGAAUUAUCCGGCCUGGGUAAUAUAGAUAUAUCUAUUUUGCAACCGCUGCU